ACCUGACUGUAAGACACUCCUCUGUUUUCAGUGUUACUGGAGGGGAGCUGUUUGACUUCAUUGCUGAAAAGGAGAACCUGCUGGAGAGUGAGGCUAUCGAGUUCAUGGAGCAGAUCCUGAAGGGGCUGGGGUUCAUGCACAGCAAGAACAUCGUACACUUUGACCUCAAGCCAGAAAACAUCAUGCUGUCAGACAGAGUGGCCCCGCACCCCAACAUCAAACUCAUCGACUUCGGCCUCGCACACCGCUUCCAUCAGGGGGAGGAGUACAGGAGCUCCAGCGGCACCCCGCAGUACAUCGCCCCUGAGGUGAUCACCAGUGACCCUCUGAGCACAGCAGCAGAUAUGUGGUGA